ACAAGAUCUUGAAUGCUUGUGCUGGAAACUGGAAAAAAUGUAUCAAAUAUCCACUGGAUUUUGUGUGAUUUUAUCCCUCUUCUAUGGAUGCUCAGCAAACUUCCAUCAAGAGCAUAGCACCGUAGAAGUUAAUUGUAACCCUAAAACGUCAGGCACCAUAACAUUCAUGUUUCAAAUAAGCAGUACAGGUGCAAACUGUUUAUUAAUCGCAAAGCAGACGGAAGUCAAGCAUAAUGCAAAUUCGAAAAAAUAUAGUGGGCACAUCGACAGCAACGGUAAUUUAAAUGUCAAAAUUAAGUAUUUUGCAAAAAGGACAGACAGCGGACUAUACGUCUGUGCAACCAUGAACAACAAUAAACUCUUCUUCGGAGAGGUGACUAAAAUUCAAGGAGUACCAGAUCCAGUAACACAAGGUCCAAAAAUGAUUCAAACAACACUGAAGCCUGUUGUUAAGACUACGAUGAUAAAGCAGUGUGUAUGUGACGAAAAAGGAGCAAAGCCCAUGUUGAAAUGUGAGACUUGGAUAUUCACAUCUCUGGUCGGAGGUUGUGGACUUUUCCUCGUUCUGCUGAUCGCAACCAUUGUGUACUGUAACCGUUUAAGAACAAGACGAUGUCCCCACCAUUACAAAAGGCAACCUCGAGGCCCACCUGCAGGUCAUGCGAAAAUGCCCACCAGCCACUUCUAGCUCCAGUAGAGAUGACCAAAGUCCAGUAUUGGCUAUAGAUAUCAUUGAUUUAGUUUUCUUCUCAACAAGUACAAUUACAAUCAGUUUCCUCCUUUAUGAUUAUUCAGUCUGUAGUCUUUUAGUCUUACCAAAUGUUGUAAAAAAACAAAACCAUUGUGCUCUAGCAGACCUUUUUAUUAUGUCUUUGCAUUUUUCCACAUAAGAAUGUUUUCUUUUAUGGAUGUUGAUCGUUUUAAUAUGUUGCCGGUGAAAUGUUUUAUGUUUUGCUUCUUAUUUGGGGUUCAAAGUAAAAAAAAAUGAAUUUUGGUAUAGCUUUAAAUUACAUGCUUAGCCAGAUGAUAUGUAUUAUAAUCUGUUUAAAAGAGAAAUCUGCCAUCUGCUGGCUGAUACAAUGUAAAGAGCCUCGGUUUAUUGUUUUAUUUUACAUGCUAAGCUUCUUUGCUUUACAGUUUCAGUUUACUUUAAUGCAUUGACCUGUAUAGAAAUAACACAAUGCAAAAGCCUGUGGAAUGACAAUCAUACUAUUAAUCACUCUAAAUGAUAAACAAAUCGGAUUGUAUUUGCAUGCACAUUAUAAAAGGCAAAUAAACAAAAACAUGCUUAAGUUUUUA